GCAGCGGCGAGAGGGGAGGCAGCGGCCGAUAAAUGCUAUUAGAGCAGCCGCCGAGGAGUCGUCCCCGACGCCACCUCCUUCUCUUCAGCUGCCGCCGCCGCAGUUUCCUCCGCUGCUGUCGGGGGUGCGGAACUGAGGGACCCGGGCGAGCGCGCCGCGCACCUCCCCGCCGGCUUUGCCUCACUGGCAGUGUUCCGCCCUGAGGGGUCGGCCGGACGCCCCCUCCUCCAGCUCGGGCGGGGCCGCGGAUCAUCUCAGAGGAGCGGGGAGGGGGCUCGGGGACCGCGGCCUGCGCUCCCCGCGGGCGGUUGAAAGCGAAGGAGACCCUCUUUUUUGACGAGGGUCGGAGCCCCCCCUCCCCCACUUGCCCAGCGGAGCCGGAGCGGGCUCCGGCCAGGCCGGGGCGUGCGAGGGGCGGUUGUCUGGGGGAGGGGGCGCGGGUGAUUCAGCGCCCGAUCGGCCAGGCGGAAGCGGCCGAGGAGGAGGGCGGGGGAGACAGCGGUCCGCGCCUGGGCGCUCGGGGUGGCACGAGCCCGCGGCCCGAGUGCAAGGCGGAGGCGAGGAGGCCGCGGGGACGCGAGGCGAGAGCGGCCGGGCCCCUGCAGUCAUGGAGAACGCACACACAAAGACGGUGGAGGAGGUGCUGGGCCACUUCGGUGUCAACGAGAGCACAGGGCUGAGCCUGGAGCAGGUCAAGAAGCUCAAGGAGAGAUGGGGCUCCAACGAGUUACCAGCAGAAGAAGGAAAAACCUUGCUGGAACUUGUGAUUGAGCAGUUUGAAGACCUACUAGUUAGAAUUUUAUUGCUGGCAGCAUGUAUAUCUUUUGUUUUAGCUUGGUUUGAAGAAGGUGAAGAAACUAUUACAGCCUUUGUAGAACCUUUUGUAAUUCUGUUGAUAUUAGUAGCCAACGCAAUUGUGGGUGUAUGGCAGGAAAGAAAUGCUGAAAAUGCAAUAGAAGCCCUUAAGGAGUAUGAACCUGAAAUGGGCAAAGUGUACCGACAGGACAGAAAGAGUGUACAGCGGAUUAAAGCUAAAGACAUAGUUCCCGGUGACAUUGUAGAAAUUGCUGGUGAGUUGAGUUUAUCAUUUUUCUUUUUCAUAUGUUAUAUUACUGAAUGUAGUCAUUUUCAAAAGGCUGAGAAUUAUAUUGAAAAUAUUUCAGUAUACCAAUUUUAGUGCCAUCCAUACAUUCUGUUUUCUAAAAGAUUAUUUUGAAAUGUUUUGUAACCUCCUUUCAUAAUGUUAAUUAGGUGUUUUGUUUGACUUUGGUGGUACUGGAGUUUGAACCCAGAGCUUUGCAGUUAGUAGACAGGCACUCACCUCCAGCCCUCAUGCUUUGUUUUGGAGGUAGGUUCUUGCUUUUUGUCUAAACUAACCUGGACUUCCAUCAGUCUUCUUAAGCUUCCCACCAUCGCCAGGAUGACAAGUGUGCUUUCCUCCAUUGAGAUGGAGUCUUGCAUGCUUGCAUGCUUUGUCCUCCCAAUCUCAGUCUCCCACAUAGCUUGGGAUGGUAAGCACACAUCACUGCACUCAGCUAUUGCUCGGGCUGGCUUGGAACUGCAGUUCAACAUCCCAAGUAUUAGGAUCAUAGGCAUGAGCUGCCAGCACCCAGCUUAUUGUUUGUUUGUUCAGUUACAGUCAGCUGUGUUGCCUAGGCUAGUCUCUAAACUCUUGUGUUGACGUUACCUUCCUGCGUCAAGCUUGCAAGUGUUUGUGACUAUGGAUUCAUGGCACUGUGCCUGGCAAAGGUGUUUUGUUUUUGUGGUUUAAAUGGUGUUUUGAGUUAAUUAUAGUUACUAGUUUAGAUAUAUUGUGGAAUACUAGUGCUAGAAAGUUGAUAAUUAGUUGUAGUAAACAAUUUAUUAGAAUGCUGCUUUAGUAUCUACGUGGUUUUUUGUUUUUGUUUUUGGCACAAAUGUUAAGUCAUACUUAUAACUGUCAAUUUGGGUUGAUGUUUAAGGGUAGUUCUGUAACUCUAAAGCCAUGCUUAAAAUGCUUUAAAAAAAUCUCUGGGCUGGAGGUAUGUCUCACCUGAAAAAUGCCUAUUUAGCAAGCAUGAUGCUCUUGAGUUCAAACCCCAUCCCCCAAAAAUAAUUUUCAUCACACUGAGCUAGGAGUCUCAGCCUAGAUUCUAGAGAAUGACUUUUUCAAAGAGUCUGUAAAACUACCACCAGCUUAGAGGGUCCAGUUCUCACUCCUUUAGAUCAGUGCUGCAUUUUCAGACUGCCCAGAAUGUGGAUGGCCGUUUCAUCUAUGAAGAGUUAUUAUACAGUAUUUUUCAGAUUAUUCUGACUUUUCACACCCUUCUGAGCUCAGAAUACUUCUUUCUUUGUGAGUUGUCUCACUCAUUCUUUUAUAUUGACUUAGAGAGUGUAUGUUUUGUCUUUAUUACUCUUUAAAUGAAAAGAAUUCAAAUAAUUGUCUUGUAGUUCAAAGAGUACUUUGCUGUCUGUGCUGUAUAGCUGUGUGUCUCU